AUGUCUACAAUGAUCAAUUCUUCAAAUCCUGCCACUGAUGUGUGUUCAAUAUGUUUGGGUGCAUUAGUACAACCAAACAUGGAUCUGUUUACAACUGCAUGUCAACAUCAGUUUCAUUUUGUUUGUUUGGCAAAAAGUGUUGAAGCACAGAAUCAUGAAUGUCCAUUGUGUCGAACUCGACUAGAUUCGUUGAGCAGUAUUAUACAUACCCCGGUACAAAGUACACCUAUACCAAUUCAAGUUCCUGCACAAGCUGCUGCUCCUGUUGCAUCAUCAUCAUCUACAGCUCCUGGGCUUUGGUUUACAUUAAAAAGAUCGCUUAACAAUGCGUUUAGUUGGAUGAGUAAGAGCUCAUCUUCGAAUUCGACUGAAGAUUUGGUCGACGAAGCAGUUGUUCGUGCUCUUUCGGCUCGUAUUCAAGGUGCUCGUCAAAGAGCAGCUAAUGGUACAACUGAACUAGCAUUGAUCACAGCUACAACUACAUUAGAAUUUGGUGGUCAAGUAUCAACACAAGCCUCCAAUAUCUAUGGAAUGGUAACACUUAAAUCACCUUCACUACUUCCAAUAACAGCUAGCGAAAAGGAACUCAAUGAAUUACGUGUUCCAAUUGAUCUCGUGUGUAUCGUUGACGUGAGUGGGUCAAUGGAAGGAGAGAAAAUUACAUUAUUGAAAAAGACUCUAGAUUAUAUUAUUGAUCAAAUGGGUCCACUCGAUCGAUUAGCUAUUGUUUCUUUUGAUACUGCAGCAUACAAUCGAUCGAAUGGUCUUAAUAUGAUGACACAUGCAAAACAACAAACUCUUCACAAUGCAGUAGCCCAAAGCAUACAUGCAGGUGGCGGCACUUAUAUCGGUUCUGGUCUCGAAAUGGGUAUUCAAAUGUUAACUAGUCGUCGAACAAAAAAUCCAGUUGGGGCUAUGCUUCUUCUCACCGAUGGUCAAGAUAAUCAACAUCAUGAUUAUUCUCAACUAAUGCAAACGCUACCUGAUGGUGUCGUUUGUCACACAUGGGAUGAUGCAAGACAUCGAGCAGCGUUACUCUCUCAAUUAGCAGAGCAGGGACAUGGAGGAACUUUUACCUUUAUUGAUCAAGUCGAUGCAAUUGCUCUUGCCUUUGCCACUGCUCUCGGUACUCUGUUCACAUGUGUUGCACAGAAUUUGAGUGUAAAACUCGAAUUCGAUAAUUCAUAUGCAGUUACACACUCGCAUUCUAUCUAUAGACAUGAACCUGUUCAAUUACCUUCUUCACAAGUCACAUUCAAACUUAAUGAUCUCAAUAGUGAAGAAAAUCGUAAUCUUGUCUUUCAAUUAAAUGUACCUGCACUUGUCGAACAAUCAAAUAAUAAUGAUAUCAUCGGUCAUGUAUCACUGAAAUACACUGACGCUAUUAAUAGACGUCAAAUUCAAACACCAGCGGUACCAUUUCUACUUGCACGUCCUGCUCAACUAGCUCCAGACUCACCAUUGCUUGUUGUGAACUAUGCAGUUGAUUUACAACGUAAUCGUGCCGAAACAAGUCGUGUUUUAAAAGAAGCAGUCAAUGAACCAAAUUAUGAACGUGCUCGAGAAUUAUUGAAUACACAAUUGGCAAAAAUUCGUGCAUCUGUUUCAGCUCAAGAUCCACUAUGUCAGCAAUUAAUACGUGAUUUGGAAUAUCACUAUACAAAUCCGUCUCAAUUUGCAACAACCAUGACCAAUAUGUAUAUGCAACAUGGACAAGAACGAUACACUUACUCAACGGCUACAACCAUGAGUGCAAAUUGUUAUAUGACAUCGGGUCAAGAACGUUUUCGAACGCUUGCAUCAAGAUAUAAAUAA